CUCCCCAACACCUAACCCCAACAGGAUACUAUGCAAAUAAAGCUGAACUGAACUGAGUGAAAACCCAGCAGCUUUUCUGCUAAUACCCACCUCUGGCUAAAUCUGGAAAGAAGCUUCGACAGCUUUAAAUGGCAACAUUUUAUGACAAAGUCAGAAAUUACUAAUAAUUCAAAUCAAUCAUUGAAAGCUGAAGCACUUUAGUUCAUCCCACAUGCACCAGUCCACCCUGCUCUGAAGUAUUUUAACUUUAAAACGUCAUCUCGUAGCUUUUUUUCUGGUGUUUUUGUUUUGUUUUGUUUUGUUUUUUUUGUUUGUUUUCUUUUUAACUAAUUUGCCUGCUUGCCAGGAGCAUCUCAGGAAAAAUCAUACCUUUCCUGCCUGUAAGUAAAUUUUUCUCAUUUGUUAGCAGUCAAAUGGUUUCCGGAGCUGCGUCUGCUGGUUGAUUUGUGUGUCUCGUAGUCAAAUGUCUGUUCUCAGGGUGAUGAAGUUGGAAGUUGGUGGCUUACUAAGCAGCAGCAGGAGUCUGUCAUCCAACGCGUCGCAGACAUAAAGGCGAGAUCACACAUGGUUCUUUUUGUUUUCUUUAUAACAAAACUCUUACGAUGAAGAGCAGAAUCUUGGGUUCCUUUUUUCUCCUCUUCCUUAGCAGCAGAACUGUGUCUGGACUGGGAUCAGUGGUGUCAACAAAUUACUGGCGUAUUCAAAGUCUAAAAACCUGGGUAACGGCACAAGACUUCUGCAGAAGCUACGCCGGUGGCAACUUGGCGCCAAAUGACAAACAUGUGAAAAAUAUGGACUUGAGCCCUUAUCAAGCCUGGAUCGGUCUGUACAGAAAUGAGUAUUACUCAACGGCUAACUGGGUCUGGUCUGAUGGUGGACAAUACGACUUCUCUCUCUGGGUAACCAACGGGUCAUUCUAUGGCAAGUGUGCUGUGGUCCUCUACCCAGACAAAAGGGUUUAUGGGACAGAUUGUGGAGGCAAUUUUUUCUUCAUCUGUCAAGAGACUGACGGAGACAGUCUCAGGUACAUAUUCAUACUUGAGUCAAAGACGUGGUCUGAAGCCCAGCAGUACUGCCGGAGUAACCAUGACGACCUAGCAAGUUUCGCAGACUCGGAUGUGAGCAAAGCUGUGGAGCAGCAGGAUUUUCCUGUCUGGAUUGGACUGCACAAAGAUGGCGGAGUAUGGGAGUGGAGCACAGGCCUCUUAGAUGAUUUAAGCGAGAAUUUAGUUGAUCUAGAGAACAGUGGCGAUUGUGUCUCCAUUUCCUCCGUAACAAAGAAGACGUCAACCCAAAAUUGCAACGACAGUUUUACCUUCAUCUGCAUGUCCGAGAACGUGAUCCUGGUAAGAGAGAACAAGACCUGGGAGGAGGCACUGGAACACUGCCGAACCCUGACUUCGCCCACCAACAACAAACUGUACUUUGAUCUGCUCAGCGUGCAGCCCAGUGAUGACCAGGACUACUUGAUGAGAAAGAUGCUGGAGGCUAACACUGAGGAGGUGUGGACCGGCCUGCGUUUCCUGGCUGGUGAGUGGCUCUGGGUGAAUGGGGCUGAUAUGCUGUACACUGACCUGCCUCUCUGCCCCAUCCUGGGGUAUCACUGUGGAGCCCUACCUAAGAACGGCACUGGCAGUUUGGAGGCCAGGGACUGUAUGGAGAGAAAAAACUUUCUGUGUUACAGCACAAUGUAAUCCUAACAUCACAGACAUGACGGGGCUUUGUUUUACAUGUUUGAGCUUGGUAUAAGUUAUAUAACUCAAUAAAUGAGAGUUCCAGGGUGUGGGACUGAAAAUGGAUCUACAGAGAGAAAUGUAAUAUGAUUUAACUUUCCCUUUAAGUAUGAUUGCUUUGAAAAUUAGAAGCCUUGUGUGUUUGUUAGUUUGGAAGGAGCAAAUUUUAUUUAUAGAAGCUCCACCGAGUCUGCCAUGUUGCAUCGUCAUGUUUCUACAAUUGCCCAAAAAAGGGAGAAAACAGACCCAAAAGGACAGUUUUAUAGAUGUUUCAUCAUGUUUAAUGCCCAUCAUUUCAUCUCCUUAGAAAAAAAGUGAAAAAAAAUUAUUUGUAAAUAAUGCUGCAGUAAUAUGAGAUAUUGUGUUUUUUUGGUCUCUUCACUCUUGUUAAUUUUCCAGGAUAUUUGUAAUUCUCAUUAAUCUUGUAUCGUGUGUGUUAGUUUCCUAAAUUCAAUAGAAAUAAAUGCAUGAAACUGUCAUGUUUUGUGCCUUUUAGACUGAAUAACGUAGCACAGAUGCUUUAAGUGAUCUAAGAACAAAGCACUCUGAUGUGAACCAUGAAUGUGUUGUAA